AUGUCUAUCCCCAAGAAGUUGCUGCCACUCUUCAACGUUUACCGUAUCGGUGGACGGGCCCGUGUCGCGGUGCCCUGGCGUGCUUUCGAAAAGGGUCUGCGUGCUCUCGAGUUCGACGUGAGGAAGGGGGAAGGGAGGGAGAGACGUGUGGUCGCGCCGGCGACAAUGGGUAGCGGUCGCGCUACCCUCUAUCAGCCUGAAGACGGGAUAAUCACCCCCCACGCGCAACCCCACAUCGUUCGCGUGCUCAGUACCCGCUGCGGGCUCACCCCGGAGUACCUGCAAAAGUUCGGGAAGGCGUAG